AUGGCAGACCUCAAGCUGAGGACACCCGAAGAGGCUGUCGCCGCAAUCGCAUAUCUCGCUAGCGAUGUGGUCGUCUCGGUGCAGCCCUCGUUGGGCGCCGAUUCCGGGUUCUCGAGCUCCCUCAAGCAGCUCGCCGCAAACAAGACUCCCGGCCUGGUCGCAAAGUCUAGCGAUGCCGUGCCCGAAGUCCAGUCCGUGAGGCACAACACCGACCCUCUUCUCUCCGUCUUCACCCCUAUCCGCUCCGGCCGCCUGGUUUCGGUGACGACGACAUCCUCCAUCCUCCUGCCCUCGAUUGCCCACCUCUACAAGCUCGCACAUCUCCCAGUAGUGCUCCAUGUUGCUCUUACGCCCAAGAGCUUCCCCGACUACUCGGCCAUCACCUCGAUCCGGAACUCGGGGUGGACAUUUCUGCAGUCAUGGUCGCUGCAGGAAGCCCAUGACAUUGCCCUGACGGCGCAUGCCCUGGCUAUCCGCUCCGGCAAGGGUGUGGUUCACUUCUUCGACCCUAGCUCUAGUGCUGGCAAGGAGCCCAUUGAUGUCGCGAGUGCCGAUGUCAUCCGCAGUGUUAUUAACUUGGAUAAUGUGCGGAGGUUCCAGUCCGCUCCCAUUUCUGGCUCCAGCAUCUAUGCAGACGAUGGGCGAGUCGCUGUUGUUUCUGACCAGCCUGAGAUCCUGGCGGCAAGAAACGUUGCUGUCAAUAACGUACCUGUGGCCACAGGCGCCGCCCUGCCCGGAUCCCCCACUAUUACUUCACCCUCCUCCGUGAAGUCUAGCCAACAGAGCGCAGCCAGCUCACCUCCCCUCCCAUCAGCCGCGACUACGAUCGAACCCGCCCCGCCCGUCGUUUCCUCCGAAGAUAUCCACAAUUACGUUACCUCCAUCUGGACCCAGCUCAACGAGCUCGUGGGGAGGCAAUAUAGCACAUUCGAGUGGAGGGGGUCCUCCAAGGCCGAGACUUGCCUCUUCCUCUUCGGGUCCGAUGUCUCGAGGAAAACGACGAAGUGGGGCCCCGUCCUCAUCGACGUCCUAACGUCGGUCAAGAGUGCUGCUGGCGUUGUCGAGACGAUCGUCGGCCACCAGCUUGGGUACAUCUCCAAGGAGACGGUCCAGCAAGCACUCCGUGGCGUCUUCCAGAACUUGACUUCCGACAAGCCGGUGCAAAACUUGGAGGUUGGCGAGCGGGAAGCCCCCGAGCAGGCUCUCGAGUCUGGGCUGGAGAAACCCACGCUGGAGACUGCCUACACCAAAAUCCUUACCCAGCUGUUUGGCACCAGGACAUUCAUUGCCAACUCCCUCGAAUCCGAUAACGCUGGCAUCUCGAACACCAUUUCAGCCACCCCCGAAUAUGGCUUCGGGUCUCUGCUUGCUAGGAAGGAGAGGAGGAAGAAGUUUGUUGGGGAGGCCAAGAGCGCGGCUAGCUCAGGCGGAUUUCUGACCGAAAACCCCAAGCGGGCUCUCGCAAACUGGGUUGCCAACGCCGAUGACGUGAAGAAGUCCGAGGAGGCUGCUGAGGACGCCCUCUCAAAGCUCACCAUCGACAACUCGACUCUGUCAAAGUCCCUUCUGGCGAACAAGCACUUUUUCCGCAAGCAGUCACUGUGGCUUGUUGGAUCUGACGCCUGGUCGUACGAUCUCGGUAACUCGGGCGUGCACCACGUGCUGGCUUCCGGCGAAAACGUCAACCUCCUCAUCAUCGACUCUACCCCCUACUCGGAACGGGCCGCAGCCGACGCCAACCGGAGAAAGAAGGACAUCGGGCUUUAUGCCAUGAACUUUGGCAACGCCUAUGUUGCGUCGACGGCUGUCUACAGCUCGUACACGCAGGUCCUCCAGGCCAUGGACGAGGCUGACAAGUUCAACGGCCCCUCGAUUGUCCUGGCGUACCUCCCCUACUUUGGUGAGCACGACUCUCCUCUGACGGUCCUCCAGGAGACGAAGAAGGCGGUCGAUAUUGGCUACUGGCCCUUGUACCGGUGGAACCCGGAGAACGAGAAGAAGGGCGAGCCCAACUUUUCUCUGGAUUCGGAACGCAUCAAGAAGGAACUGAAGGAGUUCCUCGACCGGGAUAACCGCCUCACCCAAAUGAUGCGCAGUGAACCGCAAUUUGGCGGUGUGCUGUCAGAGGAUUUCGGAACCGAGAUCAGGGCGCAGCAGAAGAGGCAGGCCAAGGACGCGUACAACCAGUUGCUCGAGGGCCUGUUUGGCGCGCCGCUUACCAUUCUAUUCGGCUCAGACGGCGGCAACGCCCAGUCCCUGGCCAAGAGGUUGGGCACCAGGGGCAGGGCCCGUGGCCUGAAGACCACCGUCAUGUCCAUGGAAGACUACCCGGUCGAGGACCUGCCAACAGAAGAGAACAUUGUCAUCCUCACAUGCACGGCUGGCCAGGGUGAGUUCCCGCAAAAUGGCAAGGCGUUCUGGGAUGCCAUCAAGGACAAUACCGAGCUCGACCUGGCUUCCGUCAGGUUUUCCGUCUUCGGCCUCGGUGACAGCCACUACUGGCCCCGCAAGGAGGACAAGGUGUACUACAACAAGCCCGGCAAGGACCUCGACAGGGUGCUGGCUAACUUUGGUGCGACGAGGCUGGCGGAUAUCGGGCUCGGUGAUGACCAAGAUCCGGAUGGAUUCCAGACGGGCUACCAAGAAUGGGAGCCCAAGCUCUGGGAGGCUCUUGGCGUGGCUAAUGUCGAGGGUCUUCCUGAUGAGCCUCCCCCGAUCACCAACGAGGACAUCAAGAUCGCGUCCAACUACCUGCGUGGCAACAUCGCGGAAGAGCUCAAGGACACGUCGACAGGCGCCAUCAGCGCUUCCAACCAGCAGCUCACCAAGUUCCAUGGCACAUACAUGCAAGACGAUCGUGAUCUCCGUGACGAGCGCAAGGCACAGGGUCUGGAACCCGCCUAUUCGUUCAUGAUCCGGUGCAGACUUCCCGGUGGUGUGUCGACGGCGAAGCAGUGGAUCCAGAUGGACGACAUCAGCAAUGAGCUCGGCAACGAGACCAUGAAGCUGACUACCCGGCAAACGUUCCAGUUCCACGGCGUCGUCAAGGGCAAGCUCAAGCCUGCCAUGCAGGCCAUCAACCGGUCCCUGAUGACCACUAUCGCUGCCUGCGGCGAUGUCAACCGUAACGUCAUGUGCAGCCCGCUUCCCUCGCAGUCCAAGUACCACCGCGAGGUGUUCGCGUGCUCCAAGAAGAUCAGCGACCACCUGCUGCCCGCGACGACGGCGUACCACGAGAUUUGGCUCACGGACGACGACGACAAGAAGACGCAGAUUGCCGGUGAGGCGGUGCAGGACUUUGAGCCGCUCUACGGCCCCACCUACCUGCCUCGCAAGUUCAAGAUCUCGAUCGCCAUCCCGCCACACAACGACGUGGAUGUUUACGCGCACGACAUUGGUCUCAUCGCCAUCAAGGGCAGCGAUGGCAGCCUCGAGGGCUUCAACCUGUUGGCCGGUGGUGGCAUGGGCGCUACGCACAACAACAAGAAGACCUACCCGCAGGUUGGCCGGACGCUCGGCUUCGUCAAGGCCAACGAGGUGCACAUCGCCUGCGAGAAGGUGAUGCUAGUGCAGCGCGACUUUGGCGACCGCAAGAACCGCAAGCACGCCCGUCUCAAGUACACGAUCGACGACCUCGGCGUCGACGUGUUCCGUGGCAAGGUCGAAGAGCUAUGGGGCCAGCAGUUCCAGCCGGCGCGGGCGUUCCACUUCGACAGCAACGUCGACACGUUCGGGUGGACCAAAGACGAGCACGGCCUCAACCACUUCACCUUCUUCAUCGAGAACGGCCGCAUCGAGGACACGGCCGAGUUCCGCAUGAAGACGGGCCUGCGCGAGAUCGCCAAGGUGCACAAGGGCGAGUUCCGCCUCACCCCCAACCAGCACCUGAUCCUCAGCAACGUCGCCGACGAGGACCUGCCCGCGCUCAAGGCGCUCAUGGCCGAGUACAAGCUCGACAACCUGCAGUUCUCGGCGCUGCGCCUGAGCUCGUCAGCCUGCGUCGCUUUCCCGACCUGCGGCCUCGCCAUGGCCGAGUCGGAGCGCUACCUGCCCGUGCUCAUCUCCAAGCUGGAGGCCUGCCUGGAGGAGAACGGCCUGCGGCAGGACUCGAUCGUCAUGCGCAUGACGGGCUGCCCCAACGGCUGCGCCCGCCCCUGGCUGGCCGAGGUCGCCUUCGUCGGCAAGGCCUACGGCGCGUACAACAUGUACCUGGGCGGUGGGUACCACGGCCAGCGGCUGAACAAGCUGUACCGCUCGAGUAUCAAGGAGGAGGAGAUCCUGGAGAUCAUGAAGCCCAUGCUUAAGCGGUACGCCCAGGAGCGCAACGAGGGCGAGCGCUUUGGUGACUGGACCAUUCGCGCUGGUAUCAUCAAGGAGACGAAGGAGGGUCGGGACUUCCAUGAGGGGGUUGCCGAAGAGGAGUCGGACGAGGAGUAA